AUGGGUCGCAUUGAGAGGCUUGCGGAAGUGGAGGAGGCGAGGACCGGGGUGGGGCUUUUCUUAGAGCACGAGAAAUCGACUGCAAAAGCCCUGGAGAAGAUUCCGGGCCCCAUUCGGGGCAUCGUCACGGCUGUCCGUGCUGACAAAGUAUCAGCCAGGGCCCUCGUGCUCAAGAGGGGCACGCUCGAAGGCACGGACGACGAGACGAGCAGACGGGUCGCGGUAUUGGUGUUGUUUUUUAGACGUAGGACGGUGGCAACUCUAGCGGAGACGUUAAGGGUAGCAAAGAACUUCGGCGAUGUUGUUGAAGUUAGGUCUCUUAUGCAGUAUGAGCUACAGGCUUGUAGUAGCGCGAGUUGUCAUCCCAUCAACUUCAGCUCUUGCGGGCCCCUCUCGUUUUUUCUAAAUUUAAACCAGCAGGGUCAUCUGGUCGACCGGUGCAAAGGGAUCACCGAUGAGCAAAACCGCUCGCGCGCUUUGGCGGCGUGCUCGUAUCUGUCCCCGCUAUUGCCGGACACGAGCCG